AUGAAAGCACGCGCCAUUGCUGCUCGAAUUGCCGGGACUCGCAGAGAGCGUGCUUGGAGCUUUGUAUUGACCAUUUACUACCACAGACCACACACGAGGAAACGCCGGCGGGUUGACGCAGAGAAGGAUGCGAGCCCGCGACCCGUUGAAGACAAGAAGGCGAAAUCUCUGACCCACGGCGACGGGCCCGACACACCAGCCCAGCAGGCCAGCUAUCUCGGCCGGAGCGACUAUCUCACCGCCCACUUGGACAUCGACGAGGAUGAUGCGACCCACUACAACGGCCCCGGCCUACGUGCGGGCGCCUUUCAGCAUUUCGAGGCCCGGAUCAGACGCAACGUCUCGUCGCUGGAGAUCCCGAGAGGGACGUUGAGGCAGAGUCUGCUGCGGAAUUUCCUGCACUGGUGUCGUCCGUGGAUGCCCCUGGUCAGUGAAACAGACUUGGAGAGGCUCGACGCCAGGAAUCAGGAUACGCUGCUUGUGACGGCGACCCUCGUGGCCGGGAGUAUCGUCUCGUCCGCGCCCGAGGCCGCGGACCACGGGCGGCGAUGCUACCAGCGCGCCAAAGUGCUGUUCUACACCAAUGGGGAGCAAAACCAUCUGCACACCAUCAUGGCCAUCCUGUUUCUGCAGUGGCUGAACCCGUCGGGCCCGGAGCACGUGUCCAUUGACAACAGCAGCUUCUGGCUCCGAACGAGCGUCGCGCUCGCCCAUCAGAUCGGGCUUCAUCGCGAGCCCGAUCCCAGAAUGGCCGAGGCGAGGCUGCGCCGAAGGAUCUGGUGGGCACUGGUUUCCAGAGACAAUCUGAUAGCCACGAGUCACGGGCGCCCCAGGGCCAUCAACGCCGAAGACUCGAAUGUGCGACCUCUACGUGUGGAUGAUUUCGAAGCCGGCGACAACGACGCCCUCCUCUUCAUGCAGUUCGUCCAGAUCACCUCGAUCCUCGGAGACAUGACGGAACACUACCGACGCGGGACGCUUUCGGACCGCAAAAAGAUCGACUUUGAAGACUCGCUCCGGGCAUGGCUGAACGCCGUGCCGUCGAGUCUGCGGCUGUACCGUCGCGGGACCGAGACGGAGGCGGCGGCAGAGACGAAGAAGGGUAACAAUAGACUGACCGAGUACGACUUCAAGUUCCGCCAGCUGCACGUCCUGUACUUCACCGCGCUGAUCAUCCUCUUCCGCCACGACAACAAGAACGACCCGCCCGCGCCGGUGUCGUUGCUGGCCGCGUCCUUCAUUUCCGGUAUCUUCGAGGAAUACCUCACGCACGAAGACAUCCCGCAUCUGCCCGUGACGGCGAUCUUCUACCUCAUGGUCGCGGCGCUGCUUCAACUGUCGUACCAGCGAUUCCCCUCGCUGGCCGCCCACCGCAACGAGGAGAUCGACAUCAUCCGACUCUCGCUGGACGGACUGAAGAAGAGGUUCCCCUCGGCCAUCGGCGCCGAGAGGGUCGUCAAUCAGAUGAUGAACAACCAUUCGACGUCCGUCCAAGACACCGCGGAAUCAACGCGCAUGAACUUGACACCUGAGGAGGCCGAGUUUUUCGCCCCCUUUGGCCCCGAGUUGUGUCGCCAGUGGGGGUCCAUCUUCGGUCCUCGCCCGGCGGGACCGUCUGCAAUGACCACCGACGUUGCUGGAGUGGGCCGCCACAGCGUUGAUCCUCGAGCUCACGCUACCGCUGACGCCAAUGGCGUGCUAGCGACGGCAGCAGGCCAGGGACAUCACCACCAUACAGAGCAUCAUGUCAUUGGGACGACGAGCACCACCACCACCGGAGACGUGGCGGGCCGUUCAGAUGCGCCGUGGGAUGUCGGUGGUACGCUCCUCCUCUCACAGGACGAGGACACUCUGUUCUCCAGCGAACAGACGCUGGACACCGUCGGCCGCUGGUGGUGGGCCGACUGGGUGCCCGAGGCGGAUUUGGAUUUCUUGUCCAAGUCGUUGUGA